AUGUGUGGUGGCCGCGCUGGUCCAGCCUCGACGACACCAAAUCGACGCCGUAUCCUCAAGUAUUGGUAUCAAGACAAAGGCGUUAUUCGACUUUUGAAGACCAACGAGGGCCUGCCAUUGGGUGGUAACCGUACACGAGUUGAAUCUUUUGCUAUCAGCAAGGUCUUUACUCCAUUGUCUCGAGUUACCUGCAGCAACUUGUCUUGCACACGUGAACAGCAGAUAGCCAUUGUAUAG